AGAAUAGCCAGCAGCAGCAGCAUUAGCUAUCCCCGGAUCAAGUGAGUAUGUAUGCAGGAGUAUCAUCAUGUUCAUUUGGCAAUCACUCACAAAGGUUCCCUCCACCCAGGUACCACCUAAACACACUAUGCAAAAUCCCAAACUAUACGUUGUGUUUUAUCGCCCUCAAUGCGGCAACUACCAUUCUUGGGCUCCGUAUGUCGAUGAUGAAGACGCGCUGAUGAUCUUUGAGGUCGUUGGACAACAUCCGGACUUCCAGCGCAAUGUUGUGAACGCCAAGGCUGAAAAGUCCAAGAGCUUUCUGGGCAAGGAAUACGUUGCGGUCAUCAGUAAAGCCGACAUAGAGAAAAUCAAAGAGGUUGCGUCAACAGUUCCUGUGGACAAUGAGACGGUGGAAUGGGACUGCCAGGACUACGUGCUUGAGAUCCUUGACAAGCUGGAGGAUGAGUUUAUUCUGGAGGAGUACGAUGAAGACUAUCGUGAAGCGCGAAGAGUUUUAAGGGAGAAAAAGGGGUGCAAUUAUCUGAUAGUCUCAUUGUACAGAAGCUACUUUCAAAACAUGCCGAUGGGCCUGCUCAUAAAACUCGCGUUUCUCGGACUCGAUCGAGAAGCCACCACUGAGCGUAGAGAUUUGGGGAGACACAUUCUGGCAGAUAAUAAAACCAGUCAUCUUUCUCGUACGGGCUGAGGCAGUUUGUGCACCGGACAGAUUCAUAAUAGUCAGGGUAGAAAC